CUCUAUACGUGCAUGCAUAAACCAUGCUUUAUUUCUUGAUGACCCAUGUUUUUAUUAUUGAAAAGAGAAAAUAUAGUAGGAGAAAAGAAAGGCAACAAAAGCCCAAAGAACAAUUAGGCCUGCUUCAAUCAACUAAACCAGCAGAGGGGAACAUGUAGGUGGUGUUGUGUCUCAUAGUUUAGUAUCUUCUUCACACAUACAGAUACAUUGAACAUCAAAAUAUUAAUUGAAUUACAAAGGCAGAGGAUGAUCAAAUGGUAGGAAGUGAAAGAGUCCAAAAAGAAGAACUAUUUUGCUAAUGGAGAAACCCCAAACUUGCACGUUUCUCUCUUCCUUUCAUCAUUAAGAAAAAUUAGGAAUAUAAAUGACAUUUUCUUCUCUAUUUUUUUUUAAGAAGUCAAUGAACAUCCCACAUAAGCACCUUCCUUUUCCCCUACUCAUUCUCAUCAACUUCUUAUUAUGUAUAAAUGUUCUGACAAAGGAGCCACUUCUUCUACCAUUUAUAUUACACAACUAUAAUAUAUUCAUAUAUGUAAGUGUACUCGUGAGGAUAUAUACAUAUAUAAAGAACCUCUCCUACUGUCAUUUAGCUUGCAAAGCCCACAAAACAAAACGUUACACGAGUCUUCCUUCUCUCUCUCUGUCUCUGUCUCUCUCGCUCCCCGUUCUUUCUCUUUAGAGACACAGUAUUGGAAGAAGAGAGAAGAUAUGGAGGUGGAGAAGAGGACAAUGGUGAAUGGAGGCAUGAAAUUACCAAUUGGAUACAGGUUUCAUCCAACGGACCAGGAGCUUAUCCUUCAUUACUUGCUCCCAAAAGCAUUUGCUUCUCCUUUGCCUUCCUCCAUCAUCCCUGUCUUUGACGUCUUCUCCACUCAUCCUCUUACUUUCCCAGGGGAUCAAGAGGAGAACAAGAGGUACUUCUUCUGCAAGAAGAGAAGUGAAGUAUCCAGUAAUGCACAUCGAAUCAAGAUUUCAUCUGGUGAUGGUUACUGGAAACCUACCAGGAAAGAGAGAGAAAUCAUUGCCUGUGGUAGAAGAGUUGGGAUUAGAAGAACACUUGCUUUCUAUGAAACAAACAAAUCAUCUUCUAAAUGCAACAAAACCAGAUGGAGCAUGACAGAGUACUGCCUUGCCGGUUUUGCAUCAACUAAGGUGUCUGGAGAUUGGGCGGUGUACAAUGUGUAUGAGAGGAAAGUAUCCAAAGGAAGAAGGCAGAGGAAAUCAAGCGGGAGAUUUGACGAAGAAGAAUUAAGUUGCAUAGACUUUACGAUUGGGUCAGAUCAUGAAACCGGUCCUCCACCGCCCUCUCCUCCUACCUCAGCUGAUGAGUCAGGGAGCAUUAUUUAAAACGUUGCUCCUUAACCCUAACCUACUCCACUUAUGUUUCUUUCAAGCUAUUUAAAAAAAGAUUACACGUCUUGAUCCAUUUUGAUCCGAAAGUUGUGUGAGUGGGAGAUUUGUUGAGCAAACCUAAUAUCUGUCAAACUUGUUAACUUUUACAACAUUGUCGUGGAGUUAAAAGUGAUAUAGCCAAUGUAAGACGAAGUAAAGUUGAAUUAAAUGAAAAAAAUAAAUAUUUAUUUUUCUUAGAAGUGAA